AUGAUGAAUUACCCUUCUGAACUUUUUCAAUCUCCCUCUUCUCAGCCUCCAUCCUCAUCCUCAUCAUCAAACAAUGCGGCGCCGCGAAGUCUCCCAGCAUAUCCCUCUAUCUCGCGCUCUGCUCCAGCAUUUUCUUUUCCCUCAAUAGACACAGGGUUGGGGAUAUCAUAUUGUGACAUGGGCCUCGGUGGCGACCACAUGAGACAGUAUCAGCCAUCAGAGCAUGAUUCGGCGGAUUGGCUUGGCCAAAUGAUGCCGGUAACCUUGCCAUAUCGAUGUUCGCUUAACACUACUCAUCUUUCACCCGCGACGUUUUACGACCCGUAUUCAGGCUCUGAGACCUCUGCCUCGCCUCUCAGCUAUUGCGGCCCACAAACGAUGAGUGCUUCACCGAGUCGCGGACCAGACUUAGACUACGGGACAGGACAUGAUAUGGACUACGGGACAGGACAUGAUAUGACGACCAUGCAUACGUACAAUUUUUGGCCGGGUACCCCGCGUUCAGAGCCUGAUGUCCAAGUGAAGGAAGAGCCGAACAUGGAAUACCGAGACGGAUCAUAUCAGGAAUGCACGAAGCCGUCUAUGCCAAUACCUGCGCCUGACGUACAACUCGGGACCAAUGACACGCCUAUGAGACUGGAGGGCUUCGGGGAAAUGAGAGCUGAUAUUCGAGCAUCGGCUGAGCUGGAAGUUGGCCGUGACUCGACAGCAGAGCUUUCAGCGCCCCCUUCAGAGAUUACCUUUGAAAUUGCUCUGAAAGGUGUCUCUUUGCCGAACCGAGGACAACUGAAGAUUCCACCUGCCAGUGGCCUUACGUGUACCGUGUGCGGCGCCGAAUUCACGCGCCGGUCUAACUGUCGGGAACACAUGAAAAAGCACGACCCGAGCAGCAGAAAGCUAUACCCGUGCGAGGACUGUGGAAAGACCCUUGGAAGAAGGACCGACCUCAAGAGGCAUAUUGACAGUGUUCAUCGAGGGAUUCGCAGAUUCGGGUGCGAUCAAUGCGGCUACCGUUUCAGCAGACACGAUACACUCGCACGCCAUGUGGCAGACGGAUGCCGGAGAUCGCCCGUCGAAUUCAGUACCCCUAAGAGAAAAUCCAGCGGGUCGUCACGCAAAACGAGUAGCCGUACCUAA